AUGGUGAUUGGACUGUUGACUAUAGCUUCGAUUCCCACGGUGACAGGGGUAUCAUUUGCCGUCACCGAGCAGCGCAAAUCCAAUCAAAGAAAAGAAGACGCGCGGCGCAUGGUGAAAUUCAACAUCGAAGCUGUAUGUGAAGGCGACACGGACGACGAUCGCGAUGUCAAUGGGCGGAUAGCUGUUGUUCGUAAUGACAAGGUCUAUCUGGACCAUCGUGACCCCUCUCAACGCACCAUUCCUGCAUUUACAUCUCUUGCCUUUUACAUCGAGUACCCUGAACUGGAGGAGACCAAACAUUUGAAGCGAGGCCUAGGGCUUCCUACUUAUGUGUCCGCAAACCCUCCGCUUCUCAACUGGAUCUAUGCAGACAAAGAUACGUACGAGCUGAAAUAUGGAAACCGCACACAGAGUGUAGCACACGUUGUCGGUCCCUGGGAUUGGACAGAGGACGAGCGAAUGAUCACGCUGGAGGAAAGGGAGGCGUUCAUCGCAGUGGAAGAAGAAGAAGGGCAGUGGGCACUCUACUUUGACCGAGAUGGCGAUGAAUUGGCACGAACUUUGGAGGAAAAGGGGUUGCUUGACAAUCCGUUUGUGCCGGUCAGACUUACUCGUCGCAUUGUCGAGGAGUAA